CUCCUUGUUUUUGGUUGCUUAGGAGAGAAUGUCAGAGCUUGAUCGGGCUAUGUCUUUUCCAUUGAAAUAUUUAACAUUAUUGUAAUCGCAUGGAUUCAAGUAUCCAUUGAAAUUUGUGCGGUGUUUCAAAGAUUGGUAAAAAAUCAAAAUUGCCUCAGUAUGAGAUUCAUGCAGUUUAUAUUGAUUGUUUACCUGGUUCAGUUUUCUGGAAAUCCUCUAGUCAGAGCAAAUGCAGUCAAGGUAAACAAACAGUCCAGAUGGUUCCUGACAACAGAGCUCAUCGAGCUGAAGGCCAACAACUAUUUCGUAGACAAAACUGAAUUCAUUCACGACUUUUUGGUCAACCAGCCAAAAUAUUCAUACCUCACAGCACCUCCUCGCAUGGGAAAAACUUCUUUGCUGACAUUGAUAGGUUUAUUCUGUAAUGCAACUUGGCUCGAGAUAGAUGGUUCGGUGAAUAUCAUCGAGGACGAUCGAAAAUCAAUUGAAUUUUUUGAGAACACAACAAUAUCAAAGAACGAGACAUUUUUCAAGACGCACCGGAACAAAUAUAGCGUCAUUUUUGUUGAUUUUGCACCUUUACGUAAAACCACCACUUUGGACUCGUUUAGAGUGAACAUGUGCUCAGUUAUUGAAAACAUGGUUAACUACUAUGGGUUUUUAGGAAUCUGCACAGGGGCAAAGGAGACAAUGAAAGAAUUUUUUAAGAAGUACACACCCGGAAGUCCAUACUGUUCAAAAAAUUUCAAGCAAGCAUUACAAGAUGGCAGUGUCUUCGUGAGGAUGUUAAAGGAAGCACUUGGGAAGGAGGUGAUCAUUUUGGGCGACGCAUUUGAUUCAAUUUUACAUGCAUAUUUAUUGAACGACAUUACAGGCUCAGAGGCGAUGGCAUAUUUUGUGGAAUUCGUCGAUGGAUUACUCGCAAAUGAAGAAAAUGUCAGUGUGGAUAGAAUUUUGUUUGUUGGGACGCUAAAUUUGGGAGGAAUUCUCUCAAAUUUUAUAAAAGGCAUUACACAUCGAGAAUUUUACCAUGACGAAACAAUUGGAAAAUAUUUUGGGCUGACAGAACAAGAAGUCAAAAAUCUCCUGCGUGAUUUUUCUCUAGAGGAUCAUUUUAGGAUCAUAGACUAUUGGUACAAUGGAUUUAGCGUUUUAGACUCUCAUCUGAAGGUGUUCAAUAUAUCAUCUGUUGUGUCGUACGUCCAAAGAUUGAAAUCGCAGCCCAUCAUUCCAUCGGAAUCUUUUAGUGCGUUGAUUGGUUUGAAACCACUCUUUACCGAUCACCGAAUCGGCUCAACUGUCACUGAGACAUUGUUUGGUGAUGGCACGAGAAUCAGGGCACCGAAUGAUUUAAAUAUGACCUUGUUGAUGGGACUGAAAGAAAAGAUGAAGAUGGUGCACCUGGAGGAAGAAACGAGGCCUGAAAAUGUAACCUUAGCAAAUUUCAAAUUAAUAACGCAGGAAAUCGACAUAUUCCUAAGACUGCUCCUGGACUUGGGACUAAUAUCUGUAGCACAAGACAUGGGAUCCUCACGUAUGGUAAAACCUCCAAAUCGGGCAAAUUCCUACGUACUCAGGGAUUAUUGGUACGAUAGUGGGUACAGUUUUAAAUAUUUUAAUGUCUCCGAAAAACAUCAGAGGCUUUUCACGGAUGCUAUGACCAGCUUUACUACCUCCAAUUCUUCACUUCAAAGCUUGGGCGAGGUCUUGUAUAACAUCACCUCAGUUAAAGUUCCGGUAAAGGAUUCUACUUUUAAGGCGUUAAUCUACACGUAUGCUAGGAGAUCCGCUGAACAGCUCGCCAGUCAAGGAAAGGAAGAGGUCGUGGUAGAAAGUGGCAGAACUUUUUGCACCUCAGGGUCUAAAGCCGUCGAAAGGAAAACGGACAUAGUUUUAAUUUGGAAGUCUAAGAAAUUAGGAGCUAUUUUAGGACUUAAAAAGUCACCCAAACGUAACGGCAGUCUCACUGCAAUGGAAGCGUUUGAGCAAAUGAAAAAAUUGAAUUAUGUCGAUAUUUUUAAGACCGAUCCCGAAUACUCAAAACUGCAUAUUCAAGAUAUGGUACUCCUGGGACUAUCAGUUUCUGCUGAUGGGUCAUUAAAUAUUGUGGGAGAAGCUUCUGGUUCAAGUGGCACAGCAAAGAUGAGCUUUCUUCGGCAAAAGGGAAAGCAGAGGAAAGCCAUGCUUAAUCGGAAAUUCUCGUCUGAUCGAAAACCCAAGGAUUCUGUGUAUGAUUAUAAUUAUAAUUAACUCCGGUUAUGGAAUUAUGACAUUUUCACAUUUUUCCCCCCGUAACCAACCCCAUCAAUUGAAGAGUAGAAACUAAAAACUCGGUGAGUGCCAUUUGGUGUUGCUGCGAUUAAGUUUAGGGUGUUUUAUCGUAUAAGAAGCCAAAUGCAAUAGCUUCAUCGAUUUAUUGUAUCUUUUAUCAAUAUUUGUCUUAUUUUAAGAUAAAAAUUGUACUUAUUAAGCCACUGAAUGCACGUUAAAUGAAGAAGAUAUAGUUACACAGUCUUAGC